GAGGCACAGAUGAUGCUGAACUGACACCUCAGAGCUUCUUCAUUGCCUAUUACAACGUCGUGUUACGUCGGUUUAACACCGUUCUCUAUCGCACAUCGUUACUUCGCUGUUAAACAAACGUGUACGCACAAAACAUGUCAGUCAGUUAUUUGAAGCGGAAUCUUUAGAGAUCAUUUAUCCAUGCCAUCCUUUGACACGGCUUGGAUCCUCCCACGAGGGACACGGACUAUUUAUACCACGCGCAGCAUCAUCACGAGUCUUCCAGAGAUAAGCGAAUCUGAAAAUCAGCGAACUUGAAGGAUUUUUGGUAAGAAGGUAAGAAAAUCUGGUGUCAAUAUAUGUCUUUCUUACUAAAUAGCACACAUGCGUAGAUGUUGCCUAUGUUAUGCAAGGAAUAAUGUGUAUGAUUAGCUUUUCUAACGUUAUCGGUUUUUAUUCCACUAAAGAUUCACGUUUUGAUAGUUUACCAUACUAAACUAAGUGUUGUAUUAAUUGGCCACUUUACACGGUUUUAUAUAAAUGCACUUUUGCGCAUUAUUUUAUGAUUCACACAGACAUUAAAGAAGAUCAUAUCAGGAAAGAGAUACAUGUUGUAAAAGCACUUUAUAUUAAGGCAACGUUAUCUAGUACUUUCUGUGCUUGUUAAGGUGUAACAACAUAUUCAAUGCAAUCUUUGUCAUGUCGUUACUGUAUGAUAAUUUCUGAAAAUGUUACACCAGUCUUUUAGUCAAAGCGCUGUUUUAAAUGUUUUCUUAAUUGCCAAAAAUCAACCUUGCGUCUGCUGGGGGCAUAUUGACCUCCUCACAACAUGUGGACACACGUGAUCACAUAGACGUGUAUGUGUGUAGACAUACUCAACUGAUAGCCCUGUCUGUGUACAUUCUAAAGCACAAACCUGCUCAAUAGUCACAUCUUUACAUCUUUACACAAUUCUUUGUUUAUUUAAUUAUUUUGAAGUCUUCAAAAUGACUAUUUGCAGGGGCAAUUAGCUUUCAUAUUGUAAUAUUGUUAUUGAGUAGAGAUCUACAAAAAAUCGGAGACAAAUGAGUAUGUCAGACAGGCACUUGGUAAGCCCAUGUGAGUGCCCAUAGUUAAUGUGGUCAGGAGACUGUUAAAUGGGGCAAUGGGGUGGAAAUGCCAGUUUCAAACACUGCCAGUACGGCCCCAUACACACCCGUCGCACCAUCCUGCCCCCGGUUAUGCUCGGAAUCCUGCACGCUCUGAAAAGUGUAAACAAGCAGGGUGAAAUGAAAAGGGGGUGUGUUAGGUGACUGUCCGAAUGCCAAGCCCUCUUUUUUGAAAAACAUAAACACGGGCACCACGGAUUAACAAGCCAAACUGAUGUGUAAUCAGGGGUGAUUUGCACCCGCCAGGACAAGACAAUGAGUGUAUCAGGAUAACAGUUAUAUUACUAUAAAACUUUUUAUAAGUUGGUUUUGUCAGAAGGCAGUAAAUGCAGUGAUCAUGUAUGCAUACAACAGAAAUGGCAUACAAAAUGAACACAAUUACUAUUUAUAUUUUGUGUAAAAAGGGUAUGGAUAGGUAUAUAAAAAUAGGUAUAUUAAAGAUUUUGUCCCCCAUUGACUCCCAUCGUAGGAAAAACUACUUUAUCAAAGUUACUUUACUUUACUUCCAAAUAUCUUUCUCUGUGUUCAUCAGAACAAAGACAUUUAAACAGAUUUGGAACAACUCGAAGGUGAGUAAAUUAUGACAGAAUUUUCAUUUUUGGGUGAAGUAUCCCUUUAACAAAGCCUAUUCACAAUAAAAAAAGCACAGACCACAUUCAUUCUGCGUUGAUUGACAGAGUUGUUUUUUUAAGCAGUGCCAGCUUUGAUUCUGGGUUCCACUAUGCCUCUUCUGGCAGAAAGUUCCCUGCUGAGGGACUGUGCUCGAACUGUGCCAGUAGUCAUCAUUGGGAACGGCCCUUCAGGUAUCUGCUUGUCAUACCUACUGAGCGGGUAUACUCCGUAUUUAGAUCCUGUGGCUGCGCACCCAAACACCAUCCUGUUUCGUAAACUACAGGAAUCCAAACAGGUUCCUAUAACUGACCAGGAUUUGGAGUAUCUCUGCGAGGGAUUAGAAGGGCGUUCGGGGAACCCUGUGGCGGUGCUCUUUGACACCCUCCUUCAUCCGAAUGCAGAUUUAGGCUUUGAGUUUCCAUCUUUACUGCAGUGGAGGCUGGAAAAGAAACGCCACAUUCCUCAUUUGGUCUUGGGCAAGGCCACACCUGGUGGUGCCUGGCAUGCAAUGGAGGGUUCAAUGCUGACAAUUAGUCUUGGUAUAUGGAUGGAGUUACCAGGAGUCAACUACAGGGAUUUGACCCUAGGCAAGAGAAGGGGGGCAUCCAAUGACAGAGCCACUCCAGAGGAGAUCUCUUCCUACUACAAAAAUUACGUCACGCUAAUGAGCCUCCAGAAGAACUUUGUUGAGAACACUUACGUCACCUCUGUUCAGAAACUCCACCGCAGUCAUGAAAACAGUCUUGGAAAUGAAAAAGGCACCAUAAGUGAUCAAGUGUAUAGUGGGAAAAAGGGCUUUGAUCACUGCAAGAAGAACGGGACUGAGAAUGGUCAAACUGGAAUUAGAAAUGGGUCUAUGAAUGAGAUCCGAAACGGAAUGGAAAAUACCAGUAUGGGUGAGAUUGAGCAGGAAAAGGUUGAAAAUAGGGGAGGGAAAGAGGUAAGAGAGAGUUUUGGGGUUUCCCAGGGGCUUUCACAGGGACUCUGGGAGGUUAGGGGCUACCAGCAGUUCCAAGGGGACACGAAUGUCCCGUUUAGUUUAUUCGCAGAGAAUGUCGUGCUAGCUACAGGGGCAUCUGACUCACCAGCUCGAUUGGUAGUGGAAGGCGAGGAUCUCCCUUACGUGUUUCACAACGUGCGCGACCUUGGAGUGGCCGUCAGCUGCAAUCUGGGACCCUCCUCUGACCCCGUGCUGGUAGUGGGGGCGGGGCUUAGCGCUGCAGACGCAGUGCUGUGUGCUCUGAACCACGGGGUUCCCGUGUUGCAUGCCUUCCGUAAGCGUGCUGAUGACCCAGGUCUCAUAUUCAAGCAGUUGCCAAAGACACUUUACCCAGAAUAUCACAGGGUCUACAACAUGAUGUGCUCCCAAGCUUACCAGUCAUCCCCUGUUACCAACACCACAACCCCCAGCCCAUCACUCCUCGCAGACUACACCAGCUUCCCUGAGCACUGUGUGCUCUCCUUCCAGCCUGAUAUGCACUGUGUGAUGAAGGGAUCCAGCGGCGUUCUCAUAGCUCUAAAAGUCUCGAUGGUGCUAGUUCUCAUUGGGUCCUGUCCCAACCUGUUUUUCCUGAAGGAGCAAGGGCAGUACCUUGGCUCGGAUCCCAGCAGGCCCAUUUCCUGCAAACAAAAUCCCAUUGACAUAAAUCCAUACACCUUUGAAUGCAACGCCGAGCCUGGGCUCUUCGCCAUGGGUCCCCUUAUUGGUGACAAUUUUGUGCGCUUCUUGAAGGGUGGUGCUCUUGGUAUUGCUAGCUGUCUGCUUAGGAGACUUAAACAGAUGAAUAAGAAGAAUAGGACGUUGAUCGGGGAGGAAGGAGGGCGUGGAAGAGAAGGCAGCAGAGGAGGAGGAGGAUUUGUUUAGGCCACAGGGCAGCGUUUUUAUGACGGAAGAAGCCUGGAGUAACACCCCGUUUUUAUGUAUGCUGUGAAUAUGGUGUAACUAAGACUUACGUCUUUCCAUUUGCAAGAGAAGUAAGCUUGUAAAAAUGAAGCGAAGCUUGGAGGACUGUCUUUGGCUGACCGUCUUGCCAAACGUUUUUUACAGGUCAGGAAUAAUGUGCCAAUAUAUGUGAAGUACGCUUUACCUCGGUUGGAAAUGCUAUCCCUUGCCUUGUUGGUGUUGUUCUGCUCUUCCAGAUGUUAAAGACAAUAUAGAGAGCAAAUCCCCCAAUCAUGAUUAUAGUGCCUAAGGCGAGGAGACUGGCAAGGUGCUGUAAAAACAAUACAUGAGAAGGGCAGGGAUUCUUGCAUAUGAAGUCUUUACCAGUGAAAUACGAAUAAACACACAAUGCGUGCAUGUUAAGACGCACCCAACUUCACAAGUGCAUUUUAGGCAAUGCAUUUCUUAGAAUGGGAAUCAAAGAUAAUUAUUGCAUGAAACAUUGAUGUAUCCCAGAUUUCUUUAGUGUCCUCUGUAUAUUCCAUUCAAUUGGCUAUAUUUUAUAAUACAAAAGAUAAAAUAGUAAUUUAAACAAACAGAAUUAAUAUCAUCCUCUUUUAUCCAUUGCUUCCCAAGCACCCAGGUCAAAGUUGGUUUCUUUCUACAGGGUGUUUAGAAGAGUGAUGACAAUGUAGAGGAGCCAGAGUAAUCCAUCAAUAUAGUCAAAAGUUCAAGAGAAAAGAACUUUGGAAUACACAUUGUAAGAAUUUUAUUGAAAAACAACCUUGUUCUUGUGCCAAAGCCUAGAAAUGCAUUCAGUCACUUAGUGACUGAACUGUUUUUCAGAACAUAUAGCAUUUGUAAGUAAAAUAGAUUAAGUUGAACUGAAUACAAGAUGUUUCCUUGAUAAGACGUUCUGCAAAGAUUCCCACUUACAGCACUGAAUAAGGAGGCUUUAUACUUUAUAUUUCUCUGUUGUGCCAAAAAAAUCAUUUUAAAAGGCAUUUAAACCUCAAAAACCUCUGCCAUUCAGAUAACAAAUGUAGAAGAGGACAUCGUAGAUGGAAGAUAUAAACAAAGUACUCAAUUAUUGUAUUAUGAUCACACAAACCGCAAUUCAUAAAACAACAAGAUGUAAUGAAGUCAACAGUCAUUUAAUUUAUUGCAGGACGAUGUGAAGCAGGCUGCUUAAAACAAGUUGAAUGCAAUGUUGGUGUGAUGAUAUGCGAUUGCUCAGAUUUGUAAAACCUUUAAUAUACAUAUGUUUUGUACACAGUAUUUUUAUUAUAGACAAAUAAACCUCUUAUAAAAAUCAAA